AUGCAUUUGCGGGACGGCGAAGGUGGCGGAACCGCCUACCAAGAGGCUGACCACGCCAAUGGUACCAACGGCCUCACCAACGGCACCGUUGACCCGUCCUCGACGAGAACCAUUGCUGUUGCGCCCCGUGAUGGCGCCGAGACCGAUGUCGCCGCCUACAAGCUUGAGCUGCUCCUUGCUUGGCUCCUUGUGCUCUACCGCAACAACGAUGACGGCCUUAGCCGUGCAAACUGGGGCUUCAGAACCCGCGAAGGCCAACAACCGUCUUCUGCCACCCACAACAGCUUAAACCUGAGUGAAGUACCGUUCAGCAAGGAAAACUCGAUAGCCGAAGCCCUUCAGGUCAUCAAAGAUCUCGACGCGAACGAGUCGGACGGUGAAGCGCAAACUGUCCCGGUGAUAUACUUCAAUAAUGGAACGCCCGCGCAAAAUGGCGCAGAGAAGACGCCCUCCAAGAGAUCUCAUGACUGGACAUACCAGAUCGAAGCGACAGUCCUUGAGAAGCAGAUGGUGAUCAAGGCUCAAUGGGACCGCGCCGCCCUGACGUACCGCACUGCCAUUUCCCAGCUUGACGCCUUCAUCGAGAUCCUCACUACAAUCCUCGAAAACCCCGAUCGCCUCGUUGGAGACACCGUCGGCCCUACCGCGAAGGACCUCGAGCAGAUUUGGACCUGGAACGCCGAGCUGCCACCAAACAUUCAACGGUGCAUGCAGGAUAUCAUCUCAGAAGUGGCCGCGAACGGUCCGGACAGGCCAGCGAUCGAGUCAUGGGACGGAAACUUCACCUACGGUGAGGUAGAAGAGCUUUCUACCCGCCUGGCGCGCCAUCUGGUGCAUCGCGGCGUCACCGUCGGCUCGACGGUGCCCAUGUGCUUCGAGAAGUCAAGAUGGACGACGGUUGCUCUCCUCGCCGUCAUGAAGGCCGGUGCUGCCUUUGCCCUCACCGACCCUAGUCAGCCUGAGGCCCGUCUGCGCACCAUCGUGGAACAAACUGGAGCGACGAUCAUCGUUACUUCCCAGCUUCAAAGCGAGCUCGGCCGUCGUAUUGCGGGAGAUGGAAUCGUCAUCAUUGCCUCCGAGGAGGUCAUCAAGUCUGACUCUCUGGAGCUUGCCCCUGAGCUGCCCGUUGUGCCAACUACCUCCCCUCUUUAUAUCCAGUUCACUUCCGGUAGCACGGGUAAGCCCAAGGGUGUUGUGAUUUCUCACGAGAACUUCACCAGCGGUGCUAUUCCCCGUGGCGACGCUGUCGGCUACCGCGCCCACACUCGUUGCUUCGAUUUCGCUUCCUACGCCUUCGAUGUCAGCAUUGACUGCAUGCUUUGCACGUACGCCGCGGGCGGCUGCCUCUGCAUUCCCUCUGACGAGGAGCGCAUGAACGACCUUAGCGGUGCCAUCCGCAACAGCAAGUGUAACAUGGCUCACAUGACACCUUCAGUCGCUCGUGUUCUGGACGCGGACGUCAUCCCCUCUCUCGAGGUCCUUGGUCUUGGAGGUGAGGCCGUCUCAGCAGGCGACGCUUCAACAUGGAGCAAGACCACUAGUGUCGUAAUUGCCUACGGUCCUUCAGAGUGCACCGUCGGUUGCACCAUCAACAACAACGUCAAGUUGUCCACCAACAUUGGAAAGGGUGUUGGUGGCCUCACCUGGAUUACCGACCCCGAUGACCACAACCGCCUGAUGCCCGUCGGCGCCGUUGGUGAGCUUCUUGUCGAAGGCCCCGUUGUCGGUCCUGGGUAUCUCGGUGACAAAGCCAAGACCGAUGAGGUUUUCAUCGAGGAUCCUACCUGGCUUCUUGCAGGUGGAGGACCUGCCCGUAGCAGACAAGGUCGUCUCUACAAGACUGGUGACCUGGUUCGCUACGACCCUGACGGUACUGGUGCCAUCGCUUUCGUCGGUCGCAAGGACCAGCAGGUCAAGCUCCGUGGUCAGAGAAUCGAGCUGGCUGAAGUCGAGCAUCACCUCAGGGGUAAGAUGCCCUCUGGCGUCAAGAUCGUUGCUGAGGUUAUCAAGCCUGGUGGCAGCGAGCCCACUCUCGUCGCCUUUGUUGUCGAGCAGAACCCUGUGGAAUCUGCCGAUGCCGAGGGCGAUGUGACCACUUUCUCACCUGAGUUCAGCCAAGCCAUCGCCGAGAUCGAUAUCGCCCUCGGCGCUGAGAUCCCUCGCUACAUGGUUCCCUCAGCCUACAUUCCUCUUCGCAAGAUGCCGUCUCUCGUCUCUGGCAAGAUUGACCGCAAGAAGCUUCGUGAACUCGGUGCUUCUAUGACCCGUGAGCAAGUCGCCCGCCUCCGUGUCGCUCCUACCGAGAAGAGCGAACCCGAGACUGAGAUGGAGAAGGCGCUGCAGCAAGUCUGGACAAAGAUUCUCGGUGGCGACGCCACCAUCGGCCUGCACGACAGCUUCUUUGCGCUUGGAGGUGACUCCCUGAGAGCGAUGAAGCUUGUCGCUGCUGCCAGAGAAGAGGGAAUCGCUCUCACUGUUGCGACCAUCUUCAACUUCCCUACGCUUAAGGAGAUGGCCCAAAACGCGACGAAGGUCUCCAAGGAUGACGAUGUCGCCAUCGCUCCUUUCUCUCUCCUUGAGGAGGGAUGGACCCCUGAGGAUGCCCGCGCUGACUCUGCCAAGCUUUGCGGUAUCGAAGAGUCUGCCAUCGAGGACAUCUAUCCCUGCACGCCCCUUCAGGAGGGUCUGAUGGCUCUCUCUGCCAAGGUCAAGGCGGCAUACACUGCCCAGAGAGUCGUCGAUCUUCCUGACGCCGAGACUGCAGACAGACUUCGCAAGGCCUUUGACGUCGCUUCUGCAGACUGCCCUAUCCUCCGCACCAGAAUCGUCCAGGUUCCUGGUCGCGGCCUUGCUCAGGUCGUUGUCAAGGAGGAAAUAUCCUGGUUUGUCGGUGACGACCUCCAGGGCUAUCUUGUCAAGGAUCGCGAUGAGUCCACAGAUCUGGGCAAGCCUCUCGUCAGAUACGCCAUGAUCACCGACAAGGAGACUGGAAAGGUUCACUUCGUCUUGACCAUGCACCACGCUCUGUACGACGGCUGGUCUAUGCCUUUGGUCGUCGAGAAGGUCAACAAGGCUUUUGACGGCGAGGAGAUCAAGCGUCCUUCGGAGUUCAAGGACUUCAUCAAGUACCUCAACGGCAUGGACCGCGCCGCUGGUGAGACUUACUGGCGCGAACAACUUCAAGGAGCCACGGGCACUCAAUUCCCUGCUCUGCCUUACGAGGGCUACCAGACCCAGGCUGACUCUCUGCUUGAGGUCUACGUUCCCCUGACUGGCCGCCCGGCUUCUAACGUUACCGUUGCAACUGUCAUCCGCAGUGCGUGGGCGUACGUUGCCUCCCACUACACUGGAUCUUCAGAUGUCGUCUUUGGUGAGACGCUCACUGGACGUAACGCUCCUAUUAGGGGUGCUGAGGAAAUUGAGGGUCCCAUGAUUACCACCGUUCCCUUCCGCGUCCAGGUCAACGGUGAGACUUCCGUCAACGACUUCCUCCACGAUAUUCAGGAUCAGACCGUUCAGCAAAUUCCUUACGAGCACACUGGUUUGCAGCACAUUCGCCGUCUCAGCCCUGAUGCCCUCGAGGCUUGUGAGCUCCGCACUGGUAUCGUACUCCACCCCAGCGCCGAUGACCUCGACCAGGAGGAGUUCAACAAGUACCCUGCCAACCGCCUGGUCCCUGCCGGUGACACUGAGGCCGCUCAGGAGGCCCUCAAGUUCAACACCUACGCACUCAUGUUGGUCUGCUCUACCGAUCCUAAGGGCUUUUUGGUGAUGGCCAGUUUCGAUUCCAAGACUGUUGGCAAGCCCUUGAUGGAGAAGGCCCUGGCUCAGUUCUCCCAGGUGGCCCAGCAAAUGUGCCAGCUUACUGACACCCCCCUCGCUGAUGUUAAGUACCUUACACAAGAGGACCAGACUGAAGUGUCACGCUUGAGUACCGAGAGCCUUUCUGCCGUCAAGGCGGAGUACCCUGAGGCUGAGGCCGCAUGGAUUGUCAACCCCAGCGACUCUACUCUUCUUACGCCUCCCGGAGUCGUUGGUGAGCUCGUUGUUGUCAGCAAGACCGAGCUGACACUUCCCACGCUCGACCAAGCCUCGUGGGCCGAGAAGACAGAUGGUGCCAAAUUCUACAAGACCGAUCGUCUUGCCAAGUUCAACCCUGAUGGAACCAUCGAGUAUGCCGGAAAGAAGAGCGACCUCAAGAAGACUGUGGUCGCACCCAAGGCUCCUACGAAGCGCAUCUCUGCUACGUCUUCCAAGCAGAGACGCCUGAGAUCUCUCUGGAGCCGUGUCCUCAAGCUCCCAGAGAAUGAUAUCGGUCUCAACGACAGCUUCUUCAGACUUGGUGGUGAUUCCAUCGGUGCCAUGAAGCUCGUCUCCGAGGCCCGCCUGGCCGGCCUUACCCUGACUGUCAACCAGGUCUUCUCCAAGAGGACACUUUACGACAUGGCCUCCGUUCUUCAAGACUCGGAGCCUACACAGAGUUCGGAGGAGACGAAGGCUGUCGUGCCUUUCGAGUUGCUGGAGAAUCCUGGUGCCGUUGUGACUGAGAGCCUGCGCCCCCUGCUGGCUGACCAGUCAUGGAAGAUUGUCGAUGCCUUCCCUGCUAGACCACUCCAGGAGGUCGCCGUCAAGGGAACUAUUGAGAUCCCCAGAUUUUCCGCACGAUACGAGGCCAUGUACUUCGAGAGCGAUGUUGACCGCCCGCGUCUUUUCCAGAGCUGCCAACAGCUGGUCUCCCGCAACGAGGUCCUUCGCUCGGUCUUUGUCCAGCACGACGGUACCUGCGUGAGCGUCGUCCUCGAGGACGUCAAGACUCCUGUCGAGGUUUACGAGAUCGACGGAGACGUCGAGGCCUUCACCCACCAACUCUGCAAUCUCGAUGUCCAGACUCGCAUGCCCCUCGGCUCCAUCUUCGUCAAGUGGUUCUUCGUCCACAGCGUCAACGGACAAUCAGCCUUAAUCUUCCGCGUCUCCCACGCCCAGUACGACGAGAUCUGCUUGCCUUUGAUGCUCCACCAGCUCUCCGCGCUGCACGAGGGCAAGCCCGUCCCCAAAGCCCUCCCCUUCUCUUCCUUUGUCAGCCACGUCGUGAAGUCCAACAUCCCCCAGAGCAUCGACUACUGGAAGGACCUUCUGCAGGGCUCCUCCGUCAACGUCCUCAAGCCCGAUACCCCCGUCACGGAGAGACAGCACUACGCCAUCGACCGCACCUUCGACAUCUCCUCCCGCUCCAAGGACGUCACCAUCGCCACCCUUCCCACCGCCGCCUGGGCCCUCACCCUUGCCCGCCUCCAGGACACCCGCGACGUCACCUUUGGCGAGGUCGUCAGCGGCCGCAACAUCGACUUUCCCAACGCGGACAUGGUCGUCGGCCCUUGCUGGCAGUACGUCCCCGUGCGCGUCAAGUUCGAGGACGACUGGACCGUCCUCGACCUGCUCAACCUCGUGCAGGAGCAGCACAUCUCCAGCUCGGCGCACGAGGGCAUCGGCCUCAAGGAGAUUGCGAAGCUGUGCACCGACUGGCCCGAGUCCGUGGACUGGUUCGACACCGUGGUGCACCAGGACGUCGAGCACGUCGAGACGCUCGGCUUCUCGUCGGCCAGCAGCAGGAUGGAGACCAUCUACCCGCACCAGGAGCCGCUGCGCGAGUGGAAGAUCCAGGCCUUCCCCCAGGGCGACAAGCUGACCAUCGAGAUUGUGACGUUCGAGUCGUGGAAGGGACAUGCCAAGGAUCUGUUGGACAAGAUCGAGGAGACGUUCAAGGUGCUCAUGGGUAACCCCGCGGCGCCGUUGUUUGAGCAGUAG